AUGACUAAAGAUCUUGGGAUUGGUGAACGAGGACGGGAAAUGAAGAAUAGUGAUACCGAUGAGGAUGUUGAUAACGGUCUUCCUUUUUCAGAAGAAAUUGAAAAUAAAGAAAAUACUCGUGGCAGAGUAGCUUUUCACAAACCAAUUGCUCAACGUACCAAUCAGGAAGAUGCAAUGGAUACAACGGAUGGUAGCGAAGAUCCAUAUAAACCAGAAGGUGUUCUGCACAUGGAUAUUGAUCACUUUAGUGACUUUGCCCGUGGUUCAUCUGAAACACACCAAAAAUUAAGCGAUCCAAUAUUCGUAAGGGGCCUUCCUUGGAGGAUUUUAGCAAUGCCACGAGAGCAGACCAGAUUUCAAAGUGAGCGCCGAUCACUUGGUCGUGCUUUCGGUUUUUUUCUUCAAUGCAAUGGGGAAGCCGAAGCUAUUUCUUGGUCUUGCACAGCAAGUGCUAUUCUUACGGUUCUUUCACAAAAACCAGGGAUCGAAAACCAUGUGCGGAGAAUUAAUCAUACUUUUUAUCAAAAAGAAAAUGAUUGGGGCUAUUCACAAUUUCUUCCUUGUGAAACACUUCUUAAUCCUGAAAAUGGUUAUAUCAAAGACGAUGUUAUUAAACUUGAAGUAAUGGUUAUGGCGGAUGCCCCCCAUGGCGUGCAAUGGGAUAGCAAGAAACAUGCUGGCUUCAUCGGUCUCAAAAAUCAAGGUGCAACAUGUUAUAUGAAUUCAAUACUGCAGACAUUUUUCUUCACUAAUCGACUGAGGAAGGCUGUUUAUCAGAUGCCUACUGAAAACGAUGAUCCUGAGACUUCAGUGGCUCUAGCUAUGCAGCGUGUUUUCUACGAAUUACAAAAUUCGGAUAAACCUGUUGGUACUAAAAAAUUGACGAAAUCUUUUGGUUGGGAUAGUGUGGAGUCAUUUCAUCAACAUGAUGUGCAAGAGCUGUGUCGUGUACUACUUGACAAUUUGGAAAAUAAAAUGUCUGGAACGAAGGUGAAAAAUACAAUUCCCUCAUUGUUCGAAGGGAAGAUGAAGUCGUAUGUACGCUGUAAAAAUGUAUGCUUUGAAUCUAAUCGGGUUGAAUCAUUUUAUGAUCUGCAGCUAAAUAUUAAAGGGAAAGCAAAUGUUUUGGAAUCUUUUUCUGACUAUACAGCCGCAGAAAUACUAGAUGGUGACAAUAAAUACGAUGCUGGAGAAUUCGGUUUACAGCCAGCUGUUAAAGGCGUCAAAUUCAUUUCGUUUCCUCCCAUUCUGCAUUUACAAUUGAUGCGUUUUCAAUAUGAUGCAUUACAAGAUGCCAAUGUUAAAGUCAAUGAUAGAUUUGAGUUUCCUGCAGUUCUAAAUUUGAAUGCAUUCAUAGAAGAUGGAGAUAAGAAAGAACCUCAGGAUUUUGUUCUUCAUGCUGUAUUAGUUCAUUCGGGUGAUUUCCAUGGGGGUCAUUACGUAGUUUUCAUUAAUACAAACCUCGGUGGGCCGCCUAAGUGGUGCAAAUUUGAUGAUGAUGUUGUUUCUCGUGCGUCUGUUCGUGAUGCCAUAGAGGCGAAUUACGGUGGUGAUGAUCCCGAUCUUCCGGGGAAAUCUUUUACGAAUGCCUACAUGCUUGUUUAUAUUAAAAAGAGUUCUAUAAAUGAUGUUCUUUGCCCUGUGACAGAAGAGGAUAUUCCGCGACAUCUGCGACUGCGAUUUGAAGAGGAGAAAUCUGCUGACGCAAAAAAAAAGAAGGAAAAACUUGAAGCUCACCUUUUCACAGAGCUUAUUGUCGUAUUAGAAGAGCAUAUGUACAGUUACUCGGGUUUUGAUUUAUUUGAUCCGAGAAUGCUGGACGAAUCUCGUCGUUUGAAGGUUGAAAAGAAAAUGACUCUCGAUCAGCUUUAUUCAUUGUUUGCAGAAGAGUUUCAUCUUCAUGAAAACAACUUUCGUUUAUGGCAAGUGCAUGAGAACACUGUCAGAGAUGAAAGAAGUAAUGCACUUUCUCUCAAUCGUCUUCGACCAUCAACUUUAUUAAAGCGUUCAAGUGAUCGUCCGCAUGCUAAUCGUGUAGAUAUGGUACUUGAAGGCGAUCGUAACAUAGUUUUUUUAGAGACACCACAAGAUUCAGGCACUUCUGUGAAUGGAUUGCCACCGUAUGAUGAAGCAAUGUUAUUCGAGUCAUCUAUAUUUUUGGAAAUUGCUCCGGAACGUAUGCGUCCCUUAUGUAUCGAUGAUAUGAUAUCACAAGAUCAUGCAUUAGUAGACUUAGUUGAUGGCGCAUUACUAGUAUUUGAAAGGAUUGAUAAAUCGACAACUGAAAAUAACGCUCAUGUGUAUUAUACAACAAAAUAUAAUUCAAUGCUAGUUGAGGCUCUUCAAAAUCCAGAAGGCUUUGGAACACCUCUCAGUGAACAAUUCGAUCCCAUUCUGGGAGAGAUCAGCCAAACUUGGACCAUGGGGCAGUUAAUGCAAUGGAUCGCUGAUGGUAUUGGAUGCGCUGCAGAUCACAUUCUUCUGUGGAAGGUGAGCCAAUACAACGAGAAGCCAACUAACAAUCAUUUAACUGAACAUGAGUUGCGAGUUUUUUCGGUUAAAGAUCUUCUUGGUCUAUCAGGUCCUCAUAGACAUGAUCCACGACGACAAAAACGAUAUCGCGUUUAUUAUACAAAGAUGCCUAUUUCUGUAAGCGAUCUUGAGAGACGUUACAAAAUGAGGGUUCAAAUGAUGGACGAAAGGAUGCAAAUUAUGGAAACCACUGUUUUUCCUGAAAAAACGGGAACAGUUCAAUCAAUUUUAAAUGAAGCACAAAGAGAAUUUCACUUUUCCAUGAACGGAACGAAAUUGCUCAGGCUUGUUUAUGUAGGUCAGGCUUCUCACUGUUUACGGGCCUAUCACGUUUUUACAAAUGAUACACUUGCUAGUGAAAUUUAUACAAAAAUUGGUAACUCAUCUUACGCCGUCAGUUUGCCAUCUCAUUCGGUGCGGGUUGAAGAAAUACCAGAAGAUGAAUUGAUAAUUAGGAAUGGUGAACAUCUUUUACCUGUUGGUCAUUUUGAUAAAGAUCCCACACGCAUGUUUGGUAUCCCUUUUUUCAUCAAAGUUACAAAUGGUGAGACGCUAGAAAGUGUUAGUGAACGUAUAAGAAAAAAACUUGAUGUUUCUGUCAAGGAAUUUGAAAAGUAUAAAUUCGCAAUAAUUGUCAAUAAUCGAGUGAGUAAGUACUUGGACAAAGACAAUGUUGUUAAUCUUAAUGAGCUUUCUCAUACACAUAUUACAGGAUAUGCCUCCGCACCCUGGCUUGGUUUGGAUCACAUGAAUAAAAGUCGUGGCACACGAGGAUCGCAUACAACUGAAAAAGCAAUCGUUAUUCAUAAUUGA